AUGCAGGCACCUCAAUUAAGCACCCGCCCCAACACGGGCCGUUCACGUUCUCAUACCACAGUUGCGCUUGGUGGUGCGCACGCCAUUGCCCACCCGCUCCAAGACACUCAACAGUCCACCAUCACGCACUCACCUCCUCCUGCGUUCGAAAUGACGACAGAAAGCAGCCCCCUUGAGCUCUUCCGCUUUGAAGCCCAGCUUCUCAUGCUGGCCAACGGUGAGCAGUUGCCUGCUUCGCCGCCUUCGCCGUUAUCUCCAACCGGCGCACUGCAAAUCCUCCGCCAGGAAGCCCUGACCGUUCUGUCGGCCGAGAGCGGACGCAUGACCACCGUCACAAUUCCCUUCGUCGGCAUCAAGUCAUCGAAACAAAGCCUGCUAAUGAGUAUCAUUGAUUACUCGCACGAUCUCAUCCUGGACCUGAAAUUGUUGGAGCUCAGCAAGGCGCGACUUUCUGAGGAGAAGAAGGCACUUCAGGAAGACCGCGUCAAGUUCGCGGAAGAGAGAAGCCAAUUUGUUAUGGACAGAGCACGCCUCAUUGAAGACAACGAGAACAUGGCGAAGCGCAUCAGUCUGCUCACCCUCCGGGCUGAAGUGAUGAAAGGGAUGAGGUUGUGUGUUCAUCUAGAGAAGAUGGAGGAAGAGGAGAGGACGUUGGUUGGGGAUAUGAAUGUGGACGAGUAGAGGAGGGGUUGGAGACCAACACAAAAUGGGUCAUAGUCCGACACGAGGCAUAUGACGCGCAGGCAUUCUCAUGCAUCAUAACCAAAACGUUUACAUCACCGACAAACACGCUCGGG